UUUAGUAACAAGAUAAAUAUAUAGAACAGGUGAACCGAACCAGACCACUGAUUUAAAUAAUUCAAAAUGGCGCUAAAAUGGGGAAUAUGCAGUACUGGAAAAAUCUGCAGUGAUUUCUGUUCAGCAUUAAAAACCCUGCCAUCAGAGAAACAUCAGAUAGUUGCUGUUGUUUCGCGAUCACAAGAAACAGCAGAGAAGUUCGCCACUACAUUUGACAUUUCAAAAACGUACAGCUCAUAUGAAAAGUUUGCAGCAGACCCAGACAUUGAAGUAGUAUACAUCGGAAGUUCACACACAGAACACGUCAGGUUGAGUAUUCUAAUGCUAAAGGCAGGGAAACAUGUUCUCUGUGAAAAACCAUUGUCAGAUACACUAGAAGAUGUGAAACUGGUUCAUAAAGUUGCUGAAGAGAAACAACUCUUUUUUAUGGAGGCGGUAUGGAGUCGCUGUUUUCCACUGUACCACAGAAUCAAAGAGGAAAUCACUUCCAAGAGCAUAGGAGCACCACAGAUGGUGUCGGCAAGGUUCUUCGUAAGUUUUGAUUAUAUCGAACGCCUUAAAACACAAAUAAGAGCAGGAUUUUUACUGGAUGCCGGUAUUUACACUGUACAGUUGGCAUGUUUGGUGUAUGGGGAAGAACCAGUAUCAAUUAAAGCAGUAGGGGAAAUAGCUGAAACUGGUCACGACAUUGAUGGGUGUAUCAUUUUAUCAUACAGCAAAGGACAAAAGGCGUGUCUGAUGUACUCGUCAAAAGUUAAAGGUGCCACAAACUGUGCUUCCAUUCAUGGUACCAAUGGUUCAAUUGAGAUAGACGAUCACUUUUGGUGCCCAAAAGAAGUUAAACUACCAACCGGAAAGGAAACAAACGAAAUUCCCAUUGGUCCUGUGCCAUUCUAUUAUCCUAACAGUGGUGGCUUGUGUUAUGAGGCAGAGGAAGUCAGGAAAUGUAUAAAGAGCGGGAUAACUGAAUAUGCCAACUAUACACAUAAAGAUUCUGAGAUGGUUCAUAAAAUAGCGGAGGAAGUAGCAAAACAGAUUGGUCGAAAAUUACCGUAUGGGAAGGACUAAAACGUUACAGAUGUUACUUGUAAAACUGAAUUGAGUGUACAACAUGUACAACGUAAAGAGUGUAACAAUACAUAAAAAUACCAUACAG